AUGGCCACUUUCUCCGUUGUUCCUUCACCUAAGGUCUCAGACACCGUUGUUGAACCAUACAACGCCACCUUAUCGGUACACCAGCUUGUCGAGAACUCUGAUGAGACCUUCUGUAUUGAUAAUGAAGCCCUGUACGAUAUCUGCAUGCGUACUCUUAAACUCUCAGCUCCUUCCUACGGAGACCUUAACCAUCUGGUCUCUGCCGUCAUGUCUGGUGUUUCAACCUCUCUCCGAUUCCCUGGGCAGCUUAACUCUGACCUCCGCAAAUUGGCUGUUAACAUGGUGCCUUUCCCACGUCUCCACUUCUUCAUGGUUGGGUUUGCGCCCCUCACCUCCCGCGGCGCCCACUCCUUCCGUGCCGUCAGCAACAUGAUGGCAGCAUCCGACUUCCGCAACGGCCGUUACCUGACCUGUGCUGCUAUCUUUCGUGGAAAGGUUUCCAUGAAGGAGGUUGAGGACCAAAUGCAUAAUGUACAGAACAAGAAUUCAUCAUACUUUGUCGAAUGGAUCCCCAACAACGUUCUCACUGCCCUGUGCUCAAUUCCUCCUAAGGGGUUGAAAAUGAGCUCUACCUUCAUUGGAAACUCUACCAGCAUUCAGGAGCUUUUCAAGCGUAUUGGCGACCAGUUUACCGUCAUGUUCAGGCGUAAGGCUUUCUUGCAUUGGUACACUGGUGAAGGGAUGGACGAAAUGGAAUUUACUGAAGCGGAAUCCAACAUGAACGAUUUGGUUUCCGAGUACCAGCAGUACCAAGAUGCCACCGUCUCUGACGAUGAGGGUGAAGCUUAUGAGGAGGAAUUGCCUGCUGAGGAGGAGGCCUAAAAGCUGCAACUUCAAAAAGUCAGUAUGAUUCGAGAAUACCAACGACUAGAUAUUGUUUCGUGUCUUUGAAUAGGUUUCGAACUAUUGGUUUGUUGGCUCAAUUGCGUUCAAAGGGAGUUGCUAUUGUCUUUGGUCUUCCGAGAAUUCCUCAUCUUUCGUUUCAUUUUGUACUGCGGCUAGCAGCUUUAUUUGGCAGUGAGCUUUGUUUAAUCAAUUGCUCUACGGUGAA